AAUUCCAUAUCGAGGUGUAUGUGAGAGAAUUGCUGAGUUUAGUUCUCACACAAGCAAUGGACAAUACAAUGCCUAUCAUUGAUGUGCACGUGGUUGCAGGAGAUCCAGUUUAUCUGCCAUGUGAUAUAUCGACAAGCGAUCCAGGUGAUCAAGUGCUUUUAGUGUUGUGGUAUCGGGAAGAUCUUGGAACUCCAAUUUAUAGUGUGGACGGUCGUGACAGAGACUUCAGCCUAGCCGAGAGGUGGUCAGACGAAAACGUUUUCGCGAAUCGGGCAUAUUUUAUGCCGGAAAAGCAGCCGGCCGAAUUGGGUGUCGAUCAUAUUCGUGAAUCUGACCAGGCGAUAUAUCGGUGUCGCGUGGAUUUCAAGAUAGCACAGACAAGAAACUCGAGGGUGAACCUGACAGUUAUAGUUCCACCUCAGAAAAUGGUCAUUACUAAUGAAUCUGGGACAUCGUUGACAUCUGUUGUGGGACCAUUUCCUGAAGGUUCUUCCUUUACCUUACGCUGCGACGUUUAUGGAGCUAAACCACCACCUAUUGUAACUUGGUCGAGAAAUGAAGUUGUCGUUAGUAACCAAAGUUUCGUAAUGCCAUCAGGGGGAUCCGCAUAUGUUAGAAGCGAACUUAGGAUAACUGGACUUGGAAGAAGAGACGUCCAUUCUGAACUAACUUGUAGAGCUUCGAACAAUAAUAAAACUCCACCCCUUGCUGCCACACUGCACGUCGACAUGAAUUUUGGUCCGCUUGACGUCAAGAUUCUGGGAGCCAACCAACCCCUUUCAGCUGGCCGGAGAUACGAUCUCUUAUGUCAGAGUUCGGGAUCCAGACCCCCAGCUAGUAUAACCUGGUGGAAAAACGGCCAGCGUUUGGAAAGAACCAAGGACACGACUUCAAACGACGGCAACACGACAACAAGCACGCUCUCCUUCAUUCCCAAGAAAGAAGAUGAUGGAAAGUACCUGUCUUGCAGAGCAGAGAACAAGGUGAUGAAUGCCGAGGGAUUGGAAGACGGAUGGCAGCUCGAGAUACACUAUACUCCCGAGGCACAGAUAAUUCUUGGAGCAUCGCUGAACCCGGACACGAUUCGGGAGGGUUCCGAUGUCUAUUUCGACUGCAUCGUCAAUGCUCACCCACCUGUCUACAAAGUGGAGUGGCGUCACAAUGGCCGACAACUCAAUAUAAAUGUGGCAGGUGGAAUCAUCGUAAGUAACCAAAGUCUUGUUCUGCAAGGUGUGUCUAGAUCCACAGCUGGAAAUUACACAUGUGUGGGCUAUAAUACAGAAGGAGAUGGUGAAAGCAAACCAUUCUAUCUGAACGUCAUGUAUGCACCAACAUGUACACCGAAGCAAAUUAAUAUUUAUGGUGUUGCGAAACAAGAAAAAGCUCAAAUCACCUGUCAAGUAGAUGCUAAUCCACCUGAUAUUCAGUUCAAGUGGACUUUCAACAAUUCGGCAGAUUCUGUGGAUGUCGCUCAGUCGCAUAUAGCGAGAAGUGGCACAUCAAGCAUUGUUUCCUACACACCUAUGACAGAAUUAGAUUACGGAACACUCCUUUGUUAUGCAUCGAACAAAAUAGGAUCUCAAAAGGUGCCUUGUGUUUUUCACAUCAUAGCAGCAGGACGUCCAGAUCAAGUUCACAAUUGCACAGUUACGAAUAUUUCGAUGACUUCGUUUUCUGUGAAAUGCUCGGAAGGUUUUAACGGUGGAUUGCCACAAUCAUUCUAUCUAGAGGUCCGGGAAAGCGAAUCGCAAGAACUUAAAAGCAACUUGUCAUCUCCAGUACCUCGUUUCAGUGUUACGAGACUCGAAACCGGAGUUCAAUACCAGAUAUCGCUGUUUUCCUACAACUCAAAAGGAAGGAGUGAGCCCGUUAUACUUCAGGCCUUCACGCUUCGCCUGCCGGAAAAACAGCUCACCGCGGAAAAAGAUACACAGCUUGCGUCCUUCCGCUUUACUCCGAUGAUGAGCGUGCUGAUUGGCGUUGUAUCCGCCCUUUUGAUAGUUGCCCUAGUCGUCAUCGUGGUGCUCAGAGUGCAAUGCAGUCAAGAUGACAGAAUAAAACAUAACAAAAAUGUUGCUCCUGGAGUAGUCUCCCUCGAGCAUAGAGGCAGUGUUUGCGGCCCUGCGCUUGGCGACAAAGGAGGUGGAAGUCCAAUAUCGAAGCAUGAAUCUAGCUGUGGAGAAUACGAAAGUGACGAAAAGAAUCCAGACAUCAUUCCUCAACCAGUCGACGAAGACUUCAAUAAUGAUUACAUGAGAAAAAGACAGCAUAUCUCCACUAUAGAAACAUCUCCCAGUAGGAAUUUAUUACAUCAAGCUAGCAAUUCAGCGACGCCAGUGACUGGAGGGUAUAUUGGUUACUGCACCCUCAGAAAUGGUAUGCCGCUACACGAAUUAACGACACAAUCCCAUUCCACGUCCAUUGUGGGUCCUUAUCCUCAAUACACUCUACCAAGACAAGCUCAACCAUCCCAAUGGCAAUACGGAUCUGUCGGGCAUCUGCCACCUGGUAUUUAUCCAAUACCAUACCAGAACACUCAUCCCUCUCAUCAGAGACAAAGACCUGUUCAUAGGGAACCACCGAUACCAUUGCAGCCAAUUUUGCAGCCCCCGGAGGAAGAAUCAUCAGUUGAAACACCUCUUAUAAUAAAUAAACGAGAAAGCACUGUUUGACAGUUACCCAUUAUAUAAAUCAUAAUAAAAUUCUCGAUACCGUGAAUAAUAUCACUUUCCACAUUUUUGUUAUUUUCAACUGUAAAUUCCCAUAAUGAAUAGUUUAUCGUGAUAGCUGACAUCCACAUUCUCCUUUAAUACAAAAUAUGGGACUUCUUCAUUAUUUCAUCUUCACAAUAACCAAAUGAUUCAAUAGGUCCUUUGUUUUAUAUUAACAGAAAUAAAUAUUAUGCCACUAUUCUUUUAAUCGAAAAGCCAAAUACUAUUGGAAAACCGGAAUAUAAUUCGUUUUCCAGAUUUUUCUUUCAGUUUUAAUUUAUAUCAUUAUAUAGGUAACCUUUUGUUACACAGGGUGUUUCACGAGAUGUUGGCCAUAGUCUUAUGGUGAUUAAUGGUCAUCUAGGCCUUUUCAGCUUCUUUUGUAUCCAAAGGCCAUUCGAUUCGGAUAUAAUAUAGGAUGAUUAAUGAAUUUCGGAUUGGAUUUUAUAUAACCAUAAUUUUAGUUUUUAAUUAUUUAGUACUCCGAUUUCGAUGAAAAUUUGUGAGCUGGCUUUUUUCCAAUAGCCCUUCGAGAUGCCACAGGCAAUCACAGAUUAUCAGAUCAGAAUAUUGAGAUUUAAUUUUCAAAUAAAAAAAUCCUUAUUUUCUGGAUCAGUUGAAGAAUUUUUGUUUUCAGAAUAAAAAAAAGUCAUAUUAUUUUCAAGCAAAUUAAAUUUUCACUUCGCAUGGCACACUUGUUCAAAAGAAAAACGAACGAACGAAAUCAUAUUUUAAGUACGUUUUUGAGAAUACAGUUCUGUUUUCAAUUAUUCAGUUUUCAAUGCCACCUGCCGAGAUUUUUAAUAAUAAAAGCCCUCUUUUCAAUCAUUUAUCAUUCCGAAUAAUUUACACACAACUGACACACGAAAUGCAUGAACAUGCAAUAUGAUUUCGUUCGUUCUUUUCUCUUUUGUAACAAAUGUUCUAUGCGAAGUAAAAAUUGAAUUCGAUUGACUGAUUGACAGAAAUAUCCUUUUUUCAAUUCUGAAAAUAAAAGUUUUGCAACUGAUCCAGAAAAAUAAAACCUGAUAUUCUGAUGACUAUCCUGAUCAUCUUGACAUUGCAUCCAUCAUCUUUCGGGUUAUCGGAAAUAAACAAUUCCAUUGAUUUAAAGACCUAGCUAUAUGAUAUAAUAUUUAAAUGGUUAAGAGGAGAUCACUGGUCUGUUUUUGCGAGAAACACAGUCAAUAAAAAGCCGACGUUUCGAUUUAUUUAAAAUCUUCCUCAGGGCAAUUAUUGGUUGGCCUCUCUAGUUUUCAUAUUAAAAAUAUCUUUCGAUAUCAUCAAUUUUACUUUACCGGAUUAAUGCAUGUAGGUAGUGAUACAGCAGACCAUUGACAUUGACCAUUGAUUUCAAAGUCAAAAAAAUUUUUCUACUGUGUUUCUCGCAAAAACAGACCUGUGAUCAUCUUAACCACUUAAAUACUAUAAACAAUUCCACUAAACUUCAUUGAAAUCGGACCACUCAUUCUCACCUAGAUAUCGAAAAUUAAGGUCAACAUCGAUAAGUCAUCCAGUAUCUCCGAAACUAUACAGCCUAUAUGAAGUGCAUUCACCACUAUCCUAUGACCAACCACUCUGGAAACACUCUGUAUAUAGUUUAUUUUAUUCAACCAGAAUUUAUUCAACCUUUUGUAUAGAAUCAAAGUAUGGGCAUAAUUCAUUUUCAAUCCAUAUUGCAAGAUAUUAAAUGGAAAGAAUUGCUUUUCAUUAUUUGGGAUCGCAGAAUAGAAAACUUAAUUUCGGACAUGAAAGAAGAAAUAUGUCUCAGUCAAAUAUUGGAAGAGUUCGUCACAAAUCAAUAAAAAAAUUCGCCUUGAAUAAAUUUUUCAAAAUUGAAUAAUUUUCAUUAUUUCAUUACGGGGUUGUUUUUCAUUGCCUGAAGCUCAGCUUGCAUAGUUUAGAGAUUCAAUAUUAGGGCUGUGGUUUCAAAAAUUCUUCACAUUAUCAGACCAGUAGUAACGACAAUCGUAUACUUUUUUCAUUAGCUCCAUAAAGGGAUUUUCUUUACAGAAUAAAUUACAAUGUUGAAGAAAUAAAUCCGUUUUUCAUUUGGCAAACGGACAUCAAAAGAAAAUCAAUUUUUUAUGAAAUGAACUGAUGUAUUCCUGGUGGAUUGACGUACAAUACAAUCAUUAUUGAAGAAUUAUCACCAUUGUGAAAAAAAUCGAAAUUUCGGCUCAAUGUCAGUAGAUUAAAAUGAUUUAUAUCAAAUGUAAAAUGAAUUUUAGAAGUUUAUUCAUAACUUUGGCUCUGAAUUUUUCUAUUUGAAAAAAAUAUGUUAUCAUGUACAAGUUGUAAAUAAGAUCAUUCUGUAUAAGUGAAACCUAAAUGUGAUAAUUAAUAUUAAGUAGUAAAUUUUUGUAUAUCACUCUCUUUGUGGUAGUGCAGUUUUUAGUUUCCUAUUUUAUUUUAACCUGAUAAUACUACCGAGUUCUUUUCUUGAGAAAUAUUGUUUUUUCCAAUUAUAUAGGGGAAGAUUGCGCAUACUCCAUAUAACUUCCUGAUUCUACUAACAGAGAAUUAACACUACCGAACCAAAUAUUACAAAUAUACCAAUUACUUUUUCAGUGUUAUCGUUUUGUAAAUAUAACUUAUUUUUCUCUGCCGAUAUAAACAAAACCUGAUUUUCAGUGGUUUUGAAUCACCUUAAACCUACGUUGAAUAUUCUGAAU